CGCUCGCACAUGACGCCCCACUCACCGCUCUCGAUCCCACCACUCGCUAUACCGGCCACCCAGCCCAGGCAGGAGCGCUCCCUCUCGCCGCUCUCGAUCCCACCACCCUUUCGCUCGCACAUGACGCCUCACUCACCGCUCUCGCUCCCACCACUCGCUCGCUCGCCGCCGCAGCGCGACUCGCCCCGCCCAUGGCACGGGCGGAGCUCCUGCUCAAGGGCAAGCGGCUGUGCGCGCUCGCGUCCGGAGGAGUCCUCAUCACCUUUGCCGUCCUCUCGCUCGUCGGCUGCUUCAUCUCGUUUCUCUGGGUGACGCCGAUCGGCUGGAUGAUCAUCAUCAGCUCCAUCUGGUACGCCGCAUUUGGAGGGCUGAUGAUCGCCAUGCAGCUCGGCUACGGCACCAAGCUGAUCACCGCGAAUGCCGGCUUCCUCGACAGCAAGUACGGCCGCGCGAUGUUCUACUUCUUCUGCGGCUCGAUGGCCGGCAGCUCCGCCGGCUCGCACGACGCGUGGCUGGUUGCCCAAAUCUUUGCAUACAUCAACUGGGGCAUGUGCUGGUUCGUGGGCAUCCUCGAGCUGUGCGGGCCGAAGGAGAAGGUCGCCAACGUGCUAGCGCAGCACAUGGCGUCGCAGCUGCCGGUCGAGCACGUGCCGGCGGCGAAUGCUCUCGCGCAGCAUGUCCCUCCCAGUUUCUAGCCGCCUUUAGUUUGCCCCUCCCCCCACCCCCUCUCCUCGCCUCUCCUCUCCUCUCUCUCCUCCCCUCUCUCUCCUCUCCUCGCCUCUGCUCUCCUCCUCUGCCCCUCCGCGCCUCUGCGCCUCUGCUUUGCUUCUCCCCUGCAGGCCGCCUCUAGCCGCUCUGUCAAUUACCCGACACCGGCCCCCGCCGCAAGCCUCUCUUCUCGCAUGUGCGCAUGGCUUUUACGGGGGCGUGGUCCGUGUCCAUGUACGUCGCGCCGGCACCGACUGGGUGACCACUCUCCGACACUCUCGAGCUCUCAGUAUACUGUGCGGCACACACAGACUCUCUCUCUACACACCACCACACAC